AUGCCUUUAGUCGAGGAAUACCUAUUGAAAGAGCCUCAGUUCAAUGUCCUAAGCUCCAACUCCUCGAGGGACGACCUCCACCAGCCCUUUGAGAGCCAGAACCAGGGCCAGCCUCUACCGCCGCAUGUCCUGCCGCCCAAACCUUUGAGACCUCUCCGCAAAUUCGGCACGCUCAGAAAUGUCCUUAUAACUUUUGCGGCCGUUUGUGUCUACGGUGGAUGUACCUUCGGCUCCAUCUAUCCUGGGCUGAAUGCUGGAUUCCCUUUCUACCCGUUACUCCAAUACUAUGGGAACCACGGCCUUGCAGGCAACUUCUUUCCCUGCGAGCCUUCUCUCUACUCCGGGCAGUUUGCCAUUAACCUCGCCUGGGGUUCUUUGACUUACACGUCGGCCAAGAUCCUGGAUGCAGGCAUCAAUCUGGUUCUGGGCAGAGGUGCGCAAGUGGUUUUAACCUGGCUCUCUUAUCACCUUUUCAGCAUGGCAAUUCUUCGCAUCAUCCAGGAGAAUUGUGUGCCUUUGGAAUUAUACACUGCCAUGGCAUUCGACACAACGUCCGUCAAGGGGGCAUGGUAUCAAUUGCGAGCCGUCACCAAGGUGGACACUGUCCGUGCCAAAGUCACCCUCAUUUGGCUUGCGAUUUCGGUGUCGUACCUCAUUGCCCUGCCCACCCUCCUCGACCUGACUACGGGUUACAUAGUCGAGUACCAGACCAUGGUCAACAUCACCACUCCAGGAGACUCCACACACAAAUUAAUUGAACUCAACUCUACUCAACUCAACGCCAUCCGAGAAGGCGUCCUCUGUGCUACCGGUAGCUGCGGCCCCCGCUCAAGCUGGUAUUAUACACCACAAUCGGGACUGUACACCAGCAUCGUGAUCUCCGGCGCAAACAUAUCUUUCAACGCGUUUUACGACGACAAGUACAACUGGAUUAUGCAGAGCGAAAAGAAACCAGACGGCAUUCUCCAAUGUGUCCCCAGCAGCACCUAUCAAUGGGGUCUCUCCAGCGGCUACCUUUGGAUUGUGUGCUUCGUCACCAGCCUGUGGGUCGCAGGCAUGUUCGCCGUGUGGAUUGACAGUUUCCGCAACGGCGUCCUGUGGCGCAGCGGGCGAGGCUUCGGGCGGUACAGGAACAUCAUCGACAUCGCCGAGCACCUGCACUCCAAUUUCGGCUACGACCUGUGCGCGUACACGCACGAGGAGCUGGAAAAGAAGGUCGACCGACUGGAGCCCGUGGGCGUCGAGGUUCUGGCCGACGGCGAGUGGGCGCAUAUUCGCCUGGGCCGCAAUCCAGGCGGGAAACAUCUGUUGUCAACACCCGGUCUGCAGUAUGGUGACAUUGGGAGACUCCGCAGUCGACACGUCUCGGCCACAUGGCCGCUGCCCAGCGGAGGCGUUUAA